GAAUAAGUUAGGACGAGUAGGAGGCAAAUGCUGGCCCAGCUGUUUCCUGUUGAAAAUGUCUGUGUGUGUAAUGUAGAUAAAUGUCAGGGAUUUUCUCUCUAAAUCCGUCUCCUGUUCGCUAAAUCUCACUUCUCCAAAACGAGCGUGCGCAAUGGAACAAAGUGGGAAUAUUGCGAUGUGACAUUGGCCGCAUGUCGUCCGCGUUUUCUCUCCCGGUUCCUUUUUUUUCUUCUUUUCUUUUCUUUUUUUAAUGACUUGAAACAAGUUGACUUUUCGCCGGGUUUUUGGUUCUUGUGGAGACCCGCGGGGAUGUCCUACGCUCUUUCCUUCCAUUGGCAUUUAUGGGACGUCCUCAAGAGUGCGAUGUGCUGGAUCUCCUGUAGCCACACCCUCUCACUACUGCUGUGCGUCCUCAGCCUGACUCCAGCGGCUGCAGGGGCGAGGCCAGAGACGCUGUGCGGGGCGGAGCUUGUCGACACGCUGCAGUUCGUGUGUGGAGAGAGGGGCUUUUAUUUCAGUAAACCGACAGGCUACGGCCCCAACGCCCGGCGGUCGCGGGGCAUCGUGGACGAGUGCUGCUUCCAGAGCUGCGAGCUGCGGCGCCUGGAAAUGUACUGCGCGCCCGCCAAGACCAGCAAGGCGGCUCGCUCGGUGCGUGCCCAGCGCCACACGGACGCGCCCAGGGCCACCAAGGUCAGCAAGGCUGACAAGGGCUCGGAGCGCCGGGCGGCGUCGCAGACGGACAAGACAAAAAACAAGAAGAGACCUUCACCUGGACAUAGUCACUCAGCCUUUAAGGAGGUGCAUCCCAAAAACUCGAGUCGAGGCAACGCCGGGGGCCGGAGUUACAGAAUGUAGGGGGAUGGCGGAGCAUGGCCGCCUGCCCGGCAGUGUGGGAAGGGAAGGAGGGAGUGGCCUUACCUGGUGCCCCUGGUUCACUGUAAAAACAAACGAAGACGACGGUAACGAGGGCGUGAAAAACGACUGAAACCCGAAAGUGAAGCGGCGUUCCUUGGAGGGGGGGAGGGGUGGUUAUUGUGAUUUAUUUUCGACACUGCACCGUUGUAUUUGUUAUUAAUGCCAUGUAACAAACAAAUAGUUUAGCUGCUAGGACGCGGACAUGACCAAGUUCCAAUCCUUCCAUUUACCCAUCAUGCAUUGCAUGGCCAGUUAGUACAUCUCAAAGCGUGUCAGGACCCUUGUGGCUAAUUGGAGUCGGUGGACGCCGAGCCAAACCCCCACCGAGCCUCAGGAAGUGUCGAGGUCCAGUCUGCAGUCCAAAGCCACCCAUUAUGACGCACCAUUAUAGGAGAUUUACAGCCUCCCCGACCACUUUGAAAAAAAAAAUGCAAACAGGGGAGCCAAACUCAAUUCAGCAUUUCUCCUGCUGCCUGUCAGAAAUGAGUCGCCUGUGGAUUCAAAGUGCAUUUGCCGUCGGCGAGUGGAAGAGUUUGCAGCGUCAACGCCGAGGCCACUUUUGAUGUAGGACCUCAAGACACAGUGCGGGGGCGCGUUUAAGGCGGUUGCGUGCACAUUAGGCAUGAUUUAUUCGAGAACAAACUCCACCCGAAUGAUGUUUCUGUCCCCGCCUCCUCUGCUCGCGUAUAAUCCGAAACACUUAUGUUAAUCUCUGCAUUACUAUCGCUCAUAUAGGAAUACGUGUCCACUGUGUUAUGGUGCUACUUGGAUGACGGACAGACACUACGUCUUCUUCUUCCCCUUUUGCACUGCCUCCAGGCCACCGCUGUAAUUGUUGUCUUUUCAGAAGUCAUUGUGCGACCAAAAUGUAUCUGUGUGUGCAAUCUUUGAACGCAUGGACAAAACCAAUAGCGUGCUGUGGUCCCUUGAAGGCAGAAUGAUAUUUUUUCUACUGUUUUUUUGUUGUUGUUGUUGUUUUUCUCAAGCCCUGAAUGCCAAAAAGAAAAGACUGAAUAGCUCAGCAAAAGUACUUUUAAACUGUGAACCCCCCCUUCCGCCCCGCUAACGGUAUGGAGAUUAACAGAAAAUGAAAAUGGAGCAGAACCUCGGUUAGCGUCCUCUCUGAUUAGCGGGAUUUUGUUGAAAAUUCACACCAAAAUUUUGGGCGGGGGAAUUUUGUCCAUCAUCAACAAAAUCAAUCCUGAGUGAAACAUGAACACAUUUUUUGGCCUUUUCUGUGCGUUCGAAAAAGAAAUCACGCAACCCCACUGAAUCUGUUCCGGAAUGCCAAAAAUGUUAACAGAAACCACCGGUGACACAGCUGACUUCCUGUUCCAGGCUGCCAUUUUGUCAGCAAGCUAAGAUUUUGCUAGCUAUGCUAACAGGAGACUGUGUGACACAAAUGCAGUUGGAAUUUUGCCCAUCAUCCACAAUCUGUAUGUGAAAAAUGAACACACAUAUUUCCCCUUUUUUUUUCUUUUGUAUGUUCUAACAAGUGGAAACAAGUUAGCAUGAGCCAGCUAACAUUGCACGUCAUGGGAGGCACCGAUUUCGGCUAUAAAGCUUUGUGUUAGCGGAUUAAAAUCAUGUCAAAUACUGUACUUGGUUAAUAUACUGGUCAGUUAUGUAAACAUAACACUGUUGGUGUUUUUUUAUGGUUUAGGGGUUUAUUGUCAAAAUAGGUUCCCUCCCAUGAAAUGCAACAUAACUUGUUUUCUCUUGUUAGAAUGCACAGAAAAGGGAAAGAAAUGCAGAAUGUGUUCAUGCUUCACAUAAGGAUGAAGGGCUAAAUUCCAACUGAGUGUAAUUUUCUUUAAUGUAUUUCUAGCACCUCCUGUUAGCUUGCUAACAAAACUGACAACUCAAAACCGGAAGUACCCUGUGGUUUGUGUUGACAUUUUUGGCUUUUUUUCUUUAUAGGAAAAAAUUAAUUUGGUUGGCAUCUGUUUCAAGUUACAAAGGAAAUAAUGAUGCUAACCAAGGUUCCACUAUAUUUGUUUGUCUUGAGACGCACUUGGAAUACUGUAUAGUGAGACUGCAGAACAUUUGGCCAUUUUUCAAUGCUGAACGUGGCGGAAGAUGGCAAAUAUAAAAAUCCCAAAUACCUUUUGUCACCAUUUUUGCCAUACACUCUCUGUGAAAUGCCAAAGGUGUAAUAUUCCUCCCUCAUUCACACAGUAAUGCGCAUUAGCCAAACCAAUAGCCAGUGGCUAAAUGGUUGGAUUGGCUCAGCUCUAAGCAACAAGUAAAAGCUGAUUAGAAUCUGUCUCUGUCCCUGCCAUUUAAAAAAAAGUUUGUUGAAUGUGUUCAUUGGUGAGCUUACAGCUCGCGUCGUAGCCUUUGUGCUGGACUAUGCUAACCGUCCACUGGCUUCACUAAAGGUGACACGGUCUCCCUUUAGGUACACACUAACCCAUCAAAUCCUGUACCUUAGUUAGCAGAUCUUUGGAUGAAUUGUCAGUUGUAAGUAUUUUAAACACCUUUAGUCAAACGCAGUACAAGCCAAAGAUUUUUUGUAGUAUAAUUCAAAGUAUACAAGUAGAAUUUGGACAUCCUCUCAUUGGAAAUGAUAAAUCAGAGAGAAGUUCUCUGAAGUCGGGCAUGAUGACAAUGACCACAACGACGACGGCGCUGUUAUUCACGGUGCUCGGUUGCCUUCUGUAGAAAUAAAUAAAAAAGAUGAAAAAUACUGACAAAUUGUUCACCAUUCCUGCUGAAUAAACCACUUGUCAACAUCACAGACGUGUGUGUGUGGUGCAUUCUUUCCGCCUGUGGUGCUUUGAGGGAUCAAGUGUUUUCGUCCACAAUAAGCGUGACCUUAGACGGAGACACGUCUUGACACAGUGUCGUUGAGCAGCCCUGCAGACGACAGUCUGUAACCUGAGGCGGGGCUUUAAAGUUAGCGAUACUUCCCAAGAGGUGGCGGCGAGGGCCAAAGCAAACAGAUUGGGGUGUGGUUCAAACUGGUACAAACUCAAAUUUCCCUCGAUGGACAAUGUUAGGCAGGGAUGGACGAAGGGGAAGAGACGGGUUGAGAGGUAGAAAGAUAGAGUAGGUUAAGGGCAUGUGAGAAGGGAAAGAAAAAGAUGGGUUGAAAUAGGGUGGUUAUGAAGACAUCUAAGUAGGGAAAGAUAAAAGGAAGGGCUGGAUUGAUAGGUAGGAAGAUAGUGUAGGUAUGAAGACAACAAGGUAGGGAAACUGAGGGAAGGGAUGGGUAGAUCAGGGUUAAAAGAUGGGGUCCUUAGUGUUCGGAAGAAACCAAUUUACCAUGGACAAACGGUAGGUUAGGUCUGGUUAGAAAGACACAGGGCUUGAAUGGACAGGUAGGGAUAGAAAGGUGGCCAGAUAGAUAGUUAUGUAUAUGGAUGGAUGGAUGGGCAGAUGGGUCAGUAAAGAAGAAUUGGAUUGGUAUGGAUCGGUAGGAAUAGACAGCCACUUAGUGUAGAAAAAGGGAUAGAUAGGUCAGG